GGACCUGCUCCCCCACCCCCCCCACCCCCCAAUCUUCUCUUUUAGGGGCGACCCUUUUUGUCUUGCAGGUGGGGUGGAGACCGAGCGAGCCCAGGGUGCCCCCGGCCCUGCUGGGGGGGGGCUGUCCCUUCUGGGGACCCAGUGGCCGUGGACACGACGCUGUGCGUGGAGUGGAAGGAGGUGAAAGCGCUGUCGCCGCUGAGUGCCGCCCGCCCGCUGCCCCGCCUGGCACGCCAGGCCUCCUUCGACAGCCAGGACUUCCUCCAGGUCAAUGUUGAGGACACUGUCGAGAUGCUGCCCAAGUCGCGGCGCGCGCUGACCAUCCAGGAGAUUGCUGCCCUGGCCCGCUCCUCACUGCACGGCAUCUCGCAGGUGGUGAAGGAGCACGUGACGAAGCCGACGGCCAUGGCACAGGGCCGCGUCGCCCACCUCAUCGAGUGGAAGGGCUGGUGCAAACCGGUGGAGCCGCCCUGCGCCCUGGAGAGCGCCUUCAGCUCCUACUGCCACCUGAGCGAGGGCGAGCAGGAGGCACGAUUCGCCGCCGGCGUGGCGGAGCAGUUUGCCAUCGCUGAGGCCAAGCUGCGAGCCUGGUCCUCGGUGGACGGGGACGACUCCAACGACGAGUCCUAUGACGAGGACUUCAUGCCCUCCACGGAGAGCUCCCAGCCCAACGAGCUGCCCGGCGUGGCACCCACCGGCGCGCUGCUGCGGGACCUGCUGCAGGGCCACCUCUGCCAGCUGGGGGGCCGGCACGGCUCCUGCGAGCCCGAGAGCGACUCCUCGCACACCCUCUCCCCCGAGACCCUCUGCUCCAGCCUCUGCAGCCUGGAGAUGGUGUCCCCCACCGAACUCACUGCCAAACUGCUGGGCUCCCUGGGGGGAUCGGGGGGGGAGGACCUGCUGCUGCCCAAGCUGCCCCCCCCGGCCAGCCAAAGUGCCUUGCGGGGCCUGGCACGGCUCCGGUGCCAGGACCCCCUCUACGCCGUGUCCUACGCCGACCCCUGCCCCUCGCCCGCCGAGGACGAGGUGGUGCUGAGCAAGGACUUCCCGCUCCGACGGAAAGUCUCCGACGUGGCGUCCUCCGGGGUGGCAUCGCUGGAGGAAGAGGAGGAGGAGGAGGAGGAAGAGGCCGAAGAGCCCUGAUGCCCCCCCCUCAGGGGUGCCCUGCCUCUCCUGGGCGGGGGUCCAGCCCCCCCCGCCGCCGUCCCCCCGGCCGGACCCUGCGCUGGGCGAGGGACGGGCCCCGCCGCUGCUCCCCGGGCACAGGGGGGGGCUCGGGGGGACACUGCAGUUCUGCCCCCCCCCAAGGCCAGUGUGCCCCCACCGUGCCCUGGCCCUGCUUGGCCACAUCGUUGCCCUCCUGGAUUUUUGCAUGAGAGCGGGGAAGGGGCAUGGGGAAGGGCUUGGGGGGGUCUGACCCCCACCCUGACACCCAGAUGUGCCCCCCAAAACUGACGGGACUGAAUCAGUGGGGCUGAUUGUUCGCAUGUUCUCUGCCCCCCAAACUGCCCCGGGCUCCCCUUUCAGGCACGGGUCUGCCCCCCCUCCCCCGUUGGCAUGGCUGACCCCCCCGAGUGCCCCUGCCUGGCACCCUGGGCUCGGGGCGACGGGGGGUGGAAUUUGGGGAGCGGGCG